GUCCCUGGUGUUGAGCUUCAUUUCGGAUCUGUUUGGAAAUCUGUUGAGGAAAUAUCGCCCAAGUGUGGCUGUUCCGGGCUCACCGCAUCCAUUCGAUAACAAUGUCCGACUCGAAGAAGGAUUCGAGCAACAAAAGCCAAACUAGGGUGAUCAAACAAAAACGUAAGAACCCGCACCCGGUACGGCAGUAUUUCAAGUACGAGAGCAGCACGCAGCAACGAUGCCGCUUCUGCAACUGGAUAACGCGCGAGAACGCCACCCGCAUGGUCAAACAUAUAGCGUAUCAGUGCGCAAGCACUUCCAAUUCGGUGCGUUUGGCCAUGCAACGUUGCGUUCAGGAAGCAAAGGAUCGGGAGAGCAAUUCUUCCUUCACCGAACACAAUAAGAAGGACAUCCACAGUCUGUUCAAUUCGAUUGACAUGGACAAACGGCAGUGUUUGUUCUGCGGCUGGACAACGAGAUUGAACUUGACGCGAAUGCGACACCACAUCAUAUCCGUCUGCAAGGAAGUGCCGGCGGAAACGCGCAAUCGCUUCAUUAAAGUUGAUACAGGCGAAGAUUACAGCUCGUUCAGUAUCAUCAACGUUGAUCUGGACGAUCGCAAAGGGUUUGAAAUUGUUAGCAGCAAAUCGUUGCAGAAUGUUAUAAAUACCGAUAUGAACGAUCGUGAACGGUUUGAAGUUGUUACUAGCAAAGCGCUGUCGAAGCUGGAUACUAGUAUGGACGAAAUGUCGAACGAUAACGAUGAGGCCAGGAACCAGGAUGAGAGUGACACGGCCGAUUCAUAUUACGUUUACGGAGAGUUUGAAACUGAACCCGAUCAACAGCAGGAACUGGAGACCAUCAAACAGGAAGCGCCUCAGCAUCAUGUCAUAGCGGAAGUCAUUGUGGGUAAUGGAGCAGAUGGCGAGGAAUACGAGGAGCAGGAGCAAGAGUUGAUGGAUGACGCUGAAGAAAAUGACGAGCCGUUGGAACCAUCCCAGAUUGAGUUUCUUGAUAUCGACCAGCGAGAGUGCCAUUGGUGUCAGUCAACACUUUCAGAAUAUAAGGCGGAGUAUGUGACGGAUGGAAAAGUAUUUUGUUCUCUCGAAUGCAAGAUUCUUGAAGACAUCAACAACAGACCAAAAACCAAGGAGCCUGAAAAGAUGCGGAACGUAGCAAACACUCGAACUUAUAGUAAGAUAAUCAUGACGCAGGAACGAUCCGCUGAAGCAACGCCUUGCAGGAAGAAACCGACCCAACCACCUACCGAUGAUCAAACGAAAGUCAAGAAUGCUUUGCCUGUAAGCACCUUUUCCAAACCAUUGCAACCGAUAGUAGGGCCAGAUGCUAAGACCCUAACUUCUGUAAAAGUACAGAAUAAAAUUGAACCCGCAAAGAUGAUACAAUCGAAAGUCGUGCAACCAAAAGCCAUCUUUACAACGAGUAGAGUAUACCGCAGAGCGUCGCUACAUGAGGCCCAGAAGCAGCAAAGUGCAGCCGCCGUCGGCGACGAAGGUUCCUGCCAUUCUUUCGGUGGAGGACACGUCUAUCCACAGGAAGCUCCCCGUUUCGUAGACCACAAGCUGCAGUACACGAAGGCCGUCAUUUCACGCCCCGCUCCCGAGUUCGAGGCCACGGCAGUUGUGGAUGGGGCGUUCAAGAAGAUAAAACUAUCCGACUACCGUGGAAAGUAUCUGGUGUUCUUCUUCUACCCGCUCGAUUUCACCUUCGUCUGCCCGACGGAAAUUCUUGCCUUUUCGGACCGUGUAAAGGAGUUCAAGAAGCUGAAUGCGGAGGUGAUUGCGGCCAGCAUCGACUCCCACUUUACCCAUCUAGCAUGGAUUAAUACGCCCCGCAAAGAAGGAGGACUCGGACAGAUUAACAUUCCACUGGUGAGCGACAUCACACACAGCAUCGCCAAGGAUUAUGGCGUCUACCUGGAUGAUCUUGGACACACGCUUCGCGGUCUGUUCAUCAUCGACGAUCGUGGCGUUCUGCGACAAAUAACCAUGAAUGAUCUUCCGGUCGGUCGAUCGGUUGAUGAAACGCUCCGGUUAGUACAAGCAUUCCAGUACACGGAUAAGCAUGGCGAAGUAUGCCCCGCUGGAUGGAAACCUGGCCAAGAUACGAUUGUCCCGAACCCGGAGGCAAAGAUAAAAUAUUUUGAGAAGAACCACUAAAACCGUGCCAAGGAUGGAGUCGUUUUAAAAUUGAUUUAAUAUGGUUAACUUGUGUAUGUUCAUUGGCAAAAUAAAAAUUUCAAAUUACACUUAAA